AUGAUGACAUCCAAAGAAGUGGCCAAAUGUGAUGCAGUGGAAAACAGGAGGCGAAGUCCGCUGGACCACCUGCCGCCUCCUGCCAACUCCAACAAGCCGCUGACCCCCUUCAGCAUCGAGGACAUCCUGAACAAACCGUCGGUGAAACGAAGUUACACAAUUUGCGGCACGGCUCAUCUAAUUUCGUCCUCUGAGAAGCACCGUCCGUCCAGCAUCCCUCUGUCGAGUCGGGCUCUGCUCACCCAGACCUCCCCGCUCUGCGCGCUGGAGGAGCUGGCCAGCAAGACCUUCAAGGGGCUGGAAGUCAGCGUUUUACAGGCUGCGGAAGGCCGGGACGGGAUGACUCUGUUCGGCCAGAGAAGCACCCCGAAGAAACGUCGGAAGUCUCGAACGGCGUUCACCAAUCACCAAAUCUACGAGCUGGAGAAGCGCUUCCUGUACCAGAAGUACCUGUCCCCGGCCGACCGGGACCAGAUCGCGCAGCAGCUGGGCCUGACAAACGCGCAGGUCAUCACGUGGUUUCAGAACCGGAGGGCCAAGUUAAAACGGGACCUGGAGGAGAUGAAGGCCGACGUGGAGUCGGCCAAGGCCAUCGGCCAGGUCCCGCUGGACAAGCUCGCCAAGUUGGCGGAUCUGGAGAAAUGCGCAAACGGCACGCUGGGCCACCCGCGCGCUGAGUCCCCCGCGCGGGGAGGCCAGCAGGAUCACGAGCUCGCUCAGAAACUGCGGACGUCGCCGCUGUCUCCGUUCUCAGACCACACAACGAGCAAGGAGUGCUCGGAGGACGAGGACGUGGAGAUUGAUGUCGAUGACUGA